UUAACAUUCUAUGAGGAAGUUUUAAUGGGAUCGAUGCACAUAGUUUGAUAUAAUGAACGUUUUUACUUAGCAGUUUAUUUCUAUGUUAAUUUGUUAAAAAGGAUUUUGAUUUAUGAACUCUUGCACAAGAAAUAUGGCAAAUACGCAACUUACUCUCUUUUUCGCGUUGUUUGUUAAAAUGAUGGAAAUAAGCGGACAGUUGAAAACCACAUGUUUCUUUAAUCAAAGAUGUCGAUGUAAAACUUCAAAUAAAACAUAUGUCGAAGUUGAUUGUUCACAAGCAAAACUUAAGGAUAUACCUUACCUUCCAAGAAAUGUGAGCAGUGUUGAUCUAAGUAACAACUAUAUACAUAAAAUACCGGAACAUCAUUUUAAAGACAACGAUAUUUUAACUGAAAUAAACCUUUCUCAUAACAGAUUACACUCUCUAAAUAAGGAAAUGUUUUAUGGAAUGAAAAGUGUUUUAAAGAUUAAGAUGAACAAUAACAUUAUUUCAAAUACAACGAAAGAUGUGUUUCUAUAUCUUCGAUCACUAUCAUAUUUAGAUGUUAAGAGGAAUAAUAUUAGCUGGAGCAAUCACAACGUUACCUUUCCUCUAUCUUUGCUCACAUUGAAAAUUGAUUACAAUGCGUCUCAUGAAAACCUGCCUGAAAUGCCUCAUUUAGAGACUCUAGACGUCUCUGGAUCAUCUGGGCAAUGCUACAUCCACACUGUAAAACCGGAUACGUUGAGAUCAGUACCAAAAAUACAUGAAUUAGAUAUUUCUGGUUGUAAAGUGAAUUACGUGUACAAUGGUUCAUUCAGCUUUAUGCGAAAUUUAUCAAUGCUAGACAUUUCUUUUAACACAUGUCUAAGGUUCGAUGGUUUGGAAAAUGUGACAAUUGAUCUUCCAUUUACGUCGAUAAAAAUUCUGAAAUUUAAUAAAAUUCACAAAACAUUUCAAACGAAUACAAAAAUUUUGAGGCAGCAUUUGUCGCACUUACGUUAUACAAAGGUGGAAGAAAUACAUGGCGACAGUAAUAGAAUCCAGCUCAUAGAAAGCGGAGCUGUACAACAACUUCCACCUUCCAUUCGAAGACUCUUUGUGUCCGACAAUGAAUUUUCGUAUGGACAAUAUGUUUCCGAAUGUAUAUUUAUACGGAUUGAAUUUAUAAAUAUGUCGUUCUUGUUCAGUUCGCGAAGUAACAAUGAACAAGAAGAAAAAUGCAAGCGUACUGAUAAAUCAUGUUGCAAUCGAGUUUGUGAACAAUUUCAGGUACCUGAUGAAACAAUAUACCGAUUUAACACAAAAUGGAGAUUUUUGCCGAUUCCUCGAAACCUGAAAACAGCUCUUUACAAAAACUGCUUCCUUCGCUAUGAAAUACCACAAUAUACAGUUUCCGAGAAUAUAGUAAAAUAUAUAGAUUUGAGUCAUAAUAUUUUCUAUUCGUGGAUAGGUCCACUUCUUACAUUUAAUCAUUUGCAUUUUUUAGAUUUGUCCAAUAACAUAUGCUCGAAUGUAUCAAAGGUAUUUUUUAAAAGUUUUCCAAAUUUAACAACAUUACUCCUACAAAAUAAUCUACUUGGAUUUGUACUUCCCGAUGACAAUGAAGGGGAAAUAAUGCAGCAUAUGCCAGCCCUUCAAAUCGUGAAUUUGUCAGAGAAUAGGAUUCCAAGUUUACCGUAUACAUUUUUUAAGUCUCAGGCGAAUUUGAUAGACAUAAAAUUAGGAAGAAAUAUGAUGGAUGAUAUUACCUUCCAAAUUAACCACAUGAAAAAGUUGUCACAUUUAGACAUUUCUAAUAACAGAAUUUCUAGUUUAGGUGCAAAUGCUCGAAGUCAUUUAGAAGAAGUGUACAAAGUGAAAAACAACUUUUCCAUUGAUAUAAGUGGAAAUCCGUUAAAAUGUAGUUGUGAUACAAUAGAAUUUGUAAAGUGGAUGUCAAUGACAAAGAUAAAGAUUCUCAAUAAACACGAAACCUCCUGUCUAAUGUUUAAUGUUGACCGAAAAUCAUUAUGGAAAUCAAAUAGAGUUUAUGAAGAGCUUCAGAAAACAUGUUCGUCAUAUUCGUCAUUGAUUAGUGGCAUAGUAGCAUCAUUAGCCGUUUUUCUGUUUGUUUUAAUUUGGGGCAUAGCUUUCCGCAACAGGUGGCGCUUGCGAUAUAUGUAUUACAUGGUCAAAAAUAAAUAUCAAGUGCAAAAUAAAGGGGAACCCGACAAUGACAGCCAAUAUGAGUACGAUGCUUUUGUAUCCUACGACAACAAUGAUAGAUUUUUCGUCCAUGACAAACUUUUGCCUUGUCUAGAACGCGAAGCUGGAUUGAAGCUGUGUAUCCAUAAAAGAGAUUUUCUACCUGGAAAUGACAUUGCAGGAAACAUAACAUCUGCAAUUCACAACAGCCGAAAAGUGAUUAUUGUUAUGUCACAGAAUUAUCUAGAUUCAUACUGGUGUAUGUUUGAAUACAACAUGGCAAAAGUGGAAAGCAUUUAUUCCAGAAAUAAAGAAAACAUAUUAUUUCUAGUAUUUCUAGAACAAAUGUCGCCAAAUUAUUUACCAAUGAUGGUUUUAGAGUUAGUUCAAUCCAGCUCUUACAUCGAAUAUCCAAACGAUGAAUUUGGUGAUACAGUGUUUUGAGAUAAAUUGAGAGAAGUUUUAUCGCAGUAACCAUUGUUCCUCUUUCUUCUCAUGUUCAGCUGAUAUCUAAAAUAAAUAAUAUACAUGUUCUAAGGUAUUUGCACAUGUAUACUUCUUUCAUGCUUUAUCCAUAUAAGCUCUGUAGCAAUGAACAGUUACAUUAUAGUUCAUUCUAUAUUUUACAGAACCCUAAUGGAAAUUAAAACAACAAAAUUUACGCACGCACACAAAUAGAGGAUCAUGACAUUCUAUAGUGCUGGCGUUUUUGUGCGGUGCAGCAUAAAAAAAAUAGGCUCGAUGCAAAAACAUGCACCCCAAUAUAGGGGUCGCAUUGUUUACUCUGCAAUACAACCUCUUUAUUAUUAAGACAUCUAAUUUUUUAAGAAUGCAUUUUGCUAAUUUUUCUAUACCUUUCAAAAUUCUCGAAAAAUUCUUGUGUAAUGGUAUGAUGUUAGGUUGCAGAUAGAUUACUGAUUUCUGGUUUAAUAUGGUUACAUUAUUCGCUAUAGAAUUAAAAAAAUUCUAAUUUGAAGAAUGAAUUUUACAGGUAAAUGCACAAAUGUCAAUGUGAUGUUUAAAACUUCCUCCUUCCUCAUGUACGAUUUAUUAUGCUUCGUUGAAAUUGAUCUGUAUGGUAUUCAAUAAGACACCUCAAAGUUGAAAGAUAAGUUUUAUAUUAUAGAUAGAAGUUUGAAGUUUGAUAUCUCAACUGUUUUUUGUUUUAUUGAAAAGGUGAUCAAAUCUAGACAAACAAUGACAAGCAUCUAAUUGUAAUCUAUUUAGAUUAAAAAUAAAAAUUAAUUGUUCAGAGAACAAUAGAAGUUCUUUCAACAUCAAAUUUUCAAAUAAUGAAUUAGAAGGUACCUUACUCAAAUAUACUAUUGGUGUAAUACCACCA